AUGCUCGCCUUCGUGGCCGACUCGAGCCUCCGCACCCAGAACAACUUCUUCCUGCUCAACCUCGCCAUUUCCGACUUCCUCGUGGGUGCCUUCUGCAUCCCCCUGUACGUGCCCUACGUGCUGACCGGUCGCUGGACCUUCGGCCGUGGCCUCUGCAAGCUGUGGCUGGUGGUGGAUUACCUGCUGUGCACCUCCUCUGUGUUCAACAUCGUGCUCAUCAGCUAUGACCGCUUCCUGUCGGUUACCAGAGCUGUGUCGUACCGGGCCCAGCAGGGGGACACGCGGCGGGCAGUGAGGAAGAUGGUGAUGGUGUGGGUGCUUGCCUUCCUGCUGUACGGGCCGGCCAUCCUGAGCUGGGAGUACCUGUCCGGGGGCAGCUCCAUCCCGGAGGGCCACUGCUACGCUGAGUUCUUCUACAACUGGUACUUUCUGAUCACCGCCUCCACGCUCGAGUUCUUCACACCCUUCCUCAGUGUCACCUUCUUCAACCUCAGCAUCUACCUGAACAUCCAGAGACGCACACGUGUCCGGCUGGAUGGGGCCCGGGAGACGUCUGGCCCAGAGCCGCCCCCUGAAGCCCAGGCAUCCCCGCCCCCACCCGGCUGCUGGGGCUGCUGGCACAAGGGGCGAGGGGAGGCCCUGCCACUGCACCGCUACGGGGUGGGGGAGGCCGCCCCUGGUGCUGAGGGCGGUGAGGGCACUGGGGGGGGACCGGCGGCUUCCCCCACCUCCAGUUCAGGCAGCUCUUCAAGGGGUGCCGAGAGGCCACGCUCCCUCAAACGGGGCUCCAAGCCUUCGGCGUCCUCAGCGUCACUGGAGAAGCGGAUGAAGAUGGUGUCACAGGGCAUCACGCAACGCUUCCGCCUGUCUCGGGACAAGAAGGUGGCCAAGUCACUGGCCAUCAUCGUCAGCAUCUUUGGGCUCUGCUGGGCCCCUUACACACUGCUAAUGAUCAUCCGUGCCGCCUGCCACGGCCACUGCGUCCCCGACUACUGGUACGAGACGUCCUUCUGGCUGCUGUGGGCCAACUCGGCAGUGAACCCUGUUCUCUACCCGCUGUGCCAUUACAGCUUCCGCCGCGCCUUCACCAAGCUGCUCUGCCCCCACAAGCUCAAGAUCCAGCCGCAUGGCUCCCUGGAGCAGUGCUGGAAGAAGAUGAAGAAGAAAACACGUCUCUGCGAGCUGCCUGCCCGGCACCUGCCCUUCAGUGAGACCCUACGCCGGCUGACCCAGCCCCUCUCUGCCGGGAUAUGGGGAUUCAGCGGGCUGAGCGGUCAGCUGGUGCCCAGUGCUUGGGCCGAAGCUGAGGGGCCCGGUGUGGGGCAGAGAGACCACCUGCCUGCUCGCUGGCCUCUGCCUGUGUUCUGCAUGCUGCCCGGUGCCCACUGCCCUGCCCACCUCAAGGCCACAAUAAAGUGGAUUCUUUUCAUUGGUGCCAAAUCCUGA